GAACCAGAACAUUUUUCUCUCUGGUUUUCCGUCAAAAUCUGUGUGUGAUUAUCAUAACAGAAACAGACAAACUGAAAGAAAAAAAAUGGCGGCCACGAGGGUUGCGAACUCAGGAAUGGUGCUUUCACGCCCGGUAACCUUCGUGACCGGCAACGCCAAGAAGCUGGAGGAAGUCAAAGCCAUAUUGGGCCACUCCAUUCCCUUUCAGUCCCUCAAGCUCGAUUUGCCAGAGCUACAAGGUGAGCCUGAAGAUAUUUCUAAAGAAAAGGCAAGACUGGCCGCCAAGGAGGUGAAUGGCCCUGUAUUGGUAGAGGAUACUUGCCUCUGUUUCAAUGCUCUAAAGGAUCUUCCAGGGCCUUACAUCAAGUGGUUCUUGCAGAAGAUCGGUCAUGAAGGCCUGAACAAUAUGUUGAUGGCGUACGAGGAUAAAUCAGCAUAUGCUCUGUGUGUCUUUUCUCUUGCUCUUGGUGCAGAUGCAGAGCCAAUAACUUUUCUUGGAAAAACUCCGGGAAAGAUAGUUCCUGCGAGGGGACCUAUGGAUUUUGGAUGGGAUCCAAUAUUUCAACCUGAUGGCUAUGAUCAAACUUAUGCUGAAAUGCCCAAGGGAGAAAAGAACAAGAUCUCUCAUCGCUUUAGGGCUCUCUCACUGGUGAAAUCCCACUUUGCUGAAGCUAAAUACACUUUCCAAACAGGUCUCUAAGAGUGAGGUAUACAUGGUUUUGUCUUGCUACGGUUAGCCAUAUAUAUAGAGUCACAAUGACUUGUAGUCAAUUUCCGCAGCUUCAUUGUUCUCACUUGCUGAGGUCUCUGUGGAAGAAGAAUAGUUAAUUACAGUAUGGUGUUUUCUUAUUACAUCGCAUACGAAAAAUCAGAUGCUAUGAGUUUAUUUCCUUUUUGUGAUGAGUCGUUUGUCAAAAAUCAUAAAAAGACUUUUAGUCACACUAAUGUAGAAUAUUUACUCUCAACUUUAUUUAUAUUUAAUGUGGGAGGAAAAAUAAUUGUUUCUUUUUUCCAUUUUGACCUUGUGGGUAACAAAUUGACGCGUGAAUUGACUAAAACACUGUUGAU